AUAGCGGUUCCCACCUUCCCCAGCCCCUCAGGGCGGUUCCCGCCGCGAUGUUCCGCGGUCGCCGUGCUUGGUUCUCGCAGAGCGUCAGCCCGGGCCCGCGGGGGCUGUGGGCAGACGGCGGCGGGACCACCACCCACUGGCUGGAUGCUGACUACCUCUUCAGCAGCGAUGCCGCCCACCCCGACACCCGCAGCAUACACGAGAGCCUCCGUUACUUGGAGGGCAGAGCCACGGUCUUUCACUCCCGUUACCUCUCAGUGUGUGCAGACACUGGCACCACAGAGAAGCCCUCGGUGCUUCUGGGCCACUUCGUCCUGCCCCCUGCCUGCCUGCAAGAAGAAAUCAGAAGGAAAAUUGGCUGGUUUAUUUGGGAGAAGGCAGAUGCCCUUGAAGAACAGACCAAUGAAAAUCUGACAGACGAAGCAGAAGCAGCAAGUAAUGGCUGUGAGGAAGAAACAGAGGAAGCACUAGACCUGGCUGAGAGCAGUGAAGAAACAGACUCUGAAGCACUUGCCCAGGGAGAAUUUCCAUACCGUGCCCUCCAGAAAUACCCAAUAAAUAACAUGGUGACAGGUUAUGCCUCUGCACGGGACAUGAAGAAAUACGAGGGGGAACUCCAUGACUUUAUCCCUGGCACCUCAGGCUAUGCAGCCUACUGGGUUCAAAGCAAAUUUAGCAGGUACUGCAAGAAGACCAAAAUGAAGAGGAAAUUGUAAGGAACGGGCAGCUGGAGCAGCAAAAACUUCACUCUAAGAGCUGCCAGAUGAUUUAUAUAUUAUCUAACUGCAGCUCAGAGUAUUCAAUGUGUUAUUUAAGUACUGGCUACAGUUACUGCAGUAUUUGCUUCUUUAAGUAACUACUUAAACUAAAUUUCACAACAAACAUAAAUACAGA